UGGAGCUGUCAGACUGAGCCCAGACGCGGCUCAAGCAACGACCGGAUUCCUUCGUGACUCACCGGGAGCGAGGAGACCACACGUGCAUCCCAAACCACUCAGGAACUGUUACAAAGACAAGGAGUCCUCCUCCACCUGAUUUUGAACCAGUGGGAUAUUACAGAAGAUACCCGAGUCGAAUUUGAUCUUAAGGGUGGAUGAGAUGCCGUCAGUGAUGCGUUAAAGGACCAAUAAUCAGUGCUGAUAAGAAGCCGUUCCUAGCUUUUACGCACGUCUCCAGAUUUGAAAUCCUGGAUGUUAGCAGCCCACCUUAUGGUUUAAAGGGGUGUUCAUGCGUGGGAAGGGAGUGGGACACUUCCAGGAUGAGUGAGCGACACGCGCAGGUUGGAAGCAAAGGGCUUUUACUCGUCAUGGUGCUCGUCAUCAGCCUCUGGGACAGGUGUGAGGGCUCGGCAGCAGCGCAGCAUGUUCCCACAGGCACCUGCGAGGUGGUCGCCUUGCAUCGCUGCUGCAACAAGAACAAAAUCGAGGAGCGCUCGCAAACCGUCAAGUGUUCCUGUUUUCCGGGCCAAGUGGCCGGCACCACCAGAGCAGCCCCCUCCUGCGUAGACGCAUCCAUAGUGGAGCAGAAGUGGUGGUGUCAGAUGCACCCGUGCCUUGAUGGCGAGGAAUGCAAAGUCCUGCCCGAUCUGAAGGGCUGGAGCUGCGCGACAGGGAACAAGAUCAAAACCACAAAGAUUUCCGCCGAUAGAGAACAACUUUGGUAACAUCACAUACUUCACCAGGAACUCAAGGUGAAUCAAAGGAGAAGAGCCUGAUGCAAAGAACUUUUCUGUAAAUAGACUGCAGUGAAUCCUUGGAAAACUAUGAAUCCCUCAUGAACUACAUUGGACAUCCAAUUAGAGGAGUAGAUUUAAAUAAGAGGACUCAUUUGAAAGAAGCCUUACCGGACAACGGGAUUCGCUCUCUUAUACCGUACUGCUAGUAGUGGAUUACAAUGGUGAACUUUGCCAAAAUGUUCAAUUCUAGAGUCAUACGUGCUUUACAGGUUUUGUUUGUUCGGCGGGACGACAGCAAGCAUCGUCGCUGACAAACAAAGUAGCUUCAAAGGGUGAACGUGAUGGAAAAAGACGUAAUGUAGCUGAGUAGCAGAUAUUCAGGGGGAUUUUCAAAGACGUACACGACCACGCUGACGCGCCUCUGCCUGAAAUGUUUGAUGUCAUUAUGCGACCUGUUUCCAUACAUUUAAAACUUAGCAGAGGGAUGUGCAUAAAAAUGCACCGUCACUGCAGUGAUCGCUGGAUCUCCUAUCGUUAUAACCAGCCAGCAGCAGCUCGCAGGAAGUACUUUUGCAGUAUUUGUCUUUGGAAAAUCAAUUUUCUGGCAGCUUCUGAUAUUUUUGUUUGCCCCUUAAAUAUCGAGACAAAAAAAAAAAUAAACAUUUUAAUAAAAUGGCUAAGAACAAUUACAUGACUGUUUUCAACCCAAA